AUGACGAGAUCGAUCAAACCUCGCCUUCGCCGCCGAGGUCACAACGCCCCUCGAUCAGCCGUCCACGCCAUCUGGGACGUCGAUGCCACCGACGUGGGCUCGGCGGAAUACUAUCGCCGUAGAGAAGAGGAGUUCGACGACACCUCGCACACGCAGAAGAUCUACAAAGCAGGCACAGAGAGCUUGAGUGAUUGGAUUAAAGAGCUUUGGGACCAAUAUUGCGAGCACGUCGGAAAAGAUGCAAUAGCCACAUUGAAGGCAAUGCCCAUCAAGGUUCUCGACAACUUCUUCCACUACGUCCUCCACACGCGACGUGCCAGUGUGCGCCACGCCAGCACUCUACAGACCUAUUGGAAUGUCUUUACGCUCAUGCGGCGGAAAGAGACGGGCAUUGUGGAUAUCAACCCUCUCGUCAAGACUCAGAUGCAUGGCAGACUAGCCGCAGAUUUCGAGCUGAGCACGGAGAGGAAGCCAAAAGCAAUCGUACGGGCCGAGGACGAAUUCGAGCUACUAAAAGUCCUCUGGGGCUCGAGUCGAGUACCCAUGGAGCAUGAGCGCUUAAGAGUGCAGCUAGCGUUGUUGAUUCAGCUCGCAGGAAUCACCGGCAGUCGUCCAAGUGCUCUAAUGGGCAUCACAUAUAGCGACUUCGCGCUCUCUCUCCUCAAAGAUCCGAACGGAGGCGAAUGGCCGAGGCUUGUCGUUGACGUUACCCUCACCCAAACGAAGAGCUACCUGGGUCCAAAGGCUCACAACACGAUCCCCAUCCCGCAAGUCGCAAGCGAGCCGUGCCUUCUUCUAUGCCCUCAGAUAAUGCUUCUGAGUCUGAUGUUUGCCGACCAGGCGUUUGAUGGACUUACUGAACCCGACCAACUCUUCCGCCUAAAAGUCACUCCCGGUCUACACGAGCAGCGGUUACCAAUCAAAGAAGAAUGGCAGCGGAUUCCCAUCUUCCGCCGGCUUAAGCACGAAGUGCGCGGCGUUGUUGUGUCGCCAGACGUGGCUGCAACCGCGACCUGGCUGCGAGACAAGCUCAACGCCUUGGGCAAGGCCACGGGCUUCUACCUUCCGGUCGGCCCGUACUGUUUCCGUAGGGGAGCAGGUGAAGCUUUCGAUAGCAGUAGCCAUAUUAGUGAAUCACAGCGAAAUCUUAUCCUCCAGCAUGCCUCAUCCGCCGUCUUCCAGAACAGCUACCUAUCGCGUUACAUCACGGCGGACACACAGGCGGCCUUUCGCGGUCUUGAGCCACAGACGGCGGUCAUGCGAGCGGCUAGCGGCAUGUCCCGCACAAUCGACCCUCGUCGGCUAACGGCACUGACAGCCGAGCAGCAGGCCCAAGUUGCAAGACACCCAGAGGUCAAACUACUUCGAAGGUACCGGAAAGGGCUUAAGAGCAAGAUUCGUAAGCGAUAUAGGACAAUCAGUCGAGCAAGGGGAUCGGCUAUCUACAGCGUCUAUCGACAUGCGGUCCGCGACUGCCAGAACACAAGUAAGGCGGUUCGCAAGGCGAUAGUCGCCGAAAGCAGGAGGCUAUACCAACGGCAUCAGCCCACACUGGAUAUCGAGCGGCAACUGAACCACGGCGUCGAGAAGAGGCAGCAGAAGGCCGGGCUAGAGGACGAACAACCCCUGAGCAGCCAUCGUUCCCGGGCGCUCAAUGCACUCCUCAGCUUUGUCCCAUUCGAUCCAGAGGAGGAAAGCAACCGUCGCUCGGAAGCCAUCGCUGCUGUGGCUGUACUAAGCCAAAAGCGCGAGCCGGUCAUGCCUAAAGUCUGCCGCCCUCGUGGCGUGAAUACAACAUUGUCACCAUCAGAUGAUGAUAAUAAGGAGGAGGGGACACGACGCUAUCGUCCGAGCGCCGUGCAAAGGAAUUCCACAGUCGAGGGACUUUAA